GCGGCCCUGCGGUCCCCGGGCGGGAGCAGCGGCCGCCUAGUCCCGCGCCUCUCUGGGCUUGCAGCCCCGCGGUCCCGCCGCCCCGGGGCCGCCACCUCUCGGGGCUCCCCCCAGUCCCCGCGCGCGCAAGAUGGCUGACCCGGCUGCGGGGCCGCCGCCGAGCGAGGGCGAGGAGAGCACGGUGCGCUUCGCCCGCAAAGGCGCCCUCCGGCAGAAGAACGUGCACGAGGUGAAGAACCACAAAUUCACCGCCCGCUUCUUCAAGCAGCCCACCUUCUGCAGCCACUGCACCGACUUCAUCUGGGGCUUCGGGAAGCAGGGAUUCCAGUGUCAAGUCUGCUGCUUUGUUGUACACAAGCGCUGCCAUGAAUUCGUCACGUUCUCCUGCCCUGGUGCGGACAAGGGCCCAGCCUCUGAUGACCCCCGGAGCAAGCACAAGUUUAAGAUCCACACCUACUCCAGCCCUACCUUCUGUGACCACUGUGGAUCACUGCUGUAUGGUCUCAUCCACCAGGGGAUGAAAUGCGACACCUGUAUGAUGAACGUCCACAAGCGCUGUGUGAUGAAUGUCCCCAGCCUCUGCGGCACUGACCACACAGAACGCCGCGGCCGCAUCUAUAUCCAGGCCCACAUCGACAGGGAGGUUCUCACCGUUGUUGUAAGAGAUGCUAAAAAUCUGGUACCUAUGGAUCCAAAUGGCUUGUCAGAUCCUUACGUAAAACUGAAACUGAUCCCUGAUCCCAAAAGUGAGAGCAAGCAGAAGACCAAGACCAUCAAAUGCUCCCUCAACCCGGAGUGGAAUGAGACCUUCAGAUUUCAGCUGAAGGAAUCAGACAAAGACAGAAGACUGUCUGUAGAGAUCUGGGAUUGGGACUUGACCAGCAGGAAUGACUUCAUGGGAUCUCUGUCGUUUGGGAUUUCAGAACUACAGAAAGCUGGUGUGGAUGGCUGGUUCAAGUUACUAAGCCAGGAAGAAGGCGAGUACUUCAAUGUGCCCGUACCGCCGGAAGGAAGUGAGGGCAAUGAGGAACUGCGGCAGAAGUUUGAGAGAGCCAAGAUUGGCCAAGGUACCAAGGCUCCAGAAGAAAAGACAGCUAACACUAUCUCCAAAUUUGACAACAAUGGCAACAGGGACCGGAUGAAACUGACUGAUUUUAACUUCCUGAUGGUGCUGGGGAAAGGCAGUUUUGGCAAGGUCAUGCUCUCUGAGCGUAAGGGUACAGAUGAACUCUAUGCUGUGAAGAUCCUGAAGAAAGAUGUGGUGAUCCAAGACGAUGAUGUGGAGUGCACAAUGGUGGAGAAGAGGGUGCUGGCCCUGCCUGGGAAGCCCCCGUUCCUGACUCAGCUGCAUUCCUGCUUCCAGACCAUGGACCGCCUGUACUUUGUGAUGGAGUAUGUGAAUGGCGGUGACCUCAUGUACCACAUCCAACAAGUUGGCCGUUUCAAGGAGCCCCACGCUGUAUUUUACGCUGCAGAGAUUGCCAUCGGUCUGUUCUUCUUGCAGAGCAAGGGCAUCAUUUACCGUGACCUGAAACUUGACAACGUGAUGCUGGAUUCUGAGGGGCACAUCAAAAUCGCAGACUUUGGCAUGUGUAAGGAGAACAUCUGGGAUGGGGUGACAACCAAGACGUUCUGUGGCACUCCGGACUACAUUGCCCCAGAGAUCAUUGCUUAUCAGCCCUACGGGAAGUCUGUGGACUGGUGGGCAUUUGGAGUCCUGCUGUAUGAAAUGUUGGCUGGCCAGGCACCCUUUGAAGGGGAGGAUGAGGAUGAACUCUUCCAGUCAAUCAUGGAGCACAAUGUGGCAUAUCCCAAGUCCAUGUCCAAGGAAGCUGUGGCAAUCUGCAAAGGGCUAAUGACCAAACACCCAGGCAAGCGCCUGGGUUGUGGGCCUGAAGGGGAGCGAGACAUUAAGGAGCACGCAUUUUUCCGGUAUAUCGACUGGGAGAAACUUGAGCGCAAGGAGAUUCAGCCACCUUAUAAACCCAAAGCUUGUGGGCGAAACGCUGAAAACUUCGACCGGUUUUUCACCCGCCAUCCACCAGUCCUAACACCUCCUGACCAGGAAGUCAUCAGGAAUAUUGACCAAUCAGAAUUCGAAGGAUUUUCCUUUGUUAACUCUGAAUUUUUAAAACCUGAAGUCAAGAGCUAAGUAGAUCUGUAGACCUCCGUCCUUCAUUUCUGUCAUUCAAGCGCAACAGCUGUCAUGGUGACAUUUUUUUCUUUUUCAUUGCCAAGUUACAUCCGUGUUUUCUUUGCUGAUGAGGCUAGAGUGGCCAUGUUUCAGAACCCAAAUGUCCUCAAGUAGUUUGGAGCAUCUCGAGGAGAUGGAAUUAUGCAGGUGGCAUGUAGAAAGUGCUGCAUAAUGGAGACACGCUCAGAGUCCUACUAUGUACAUCACUAGCAUGUCGGCUCACAGGCCCCCAGGGGAGAGAAAAUGCUUGCUUUUCUCCCUGGUCCUCUGCACUGCCAUCUUUACCCCAACCCUCCAGUCUACAUCCCCCCACCCCCCACAAAAUGGAUAGAUGAACCAAAUGCUAGCAAUAUCCUUCCACUUUCCAGGCUGGGAGCUUGGCUUGAAUCCAAGUAUAUGGCUGCUUUGCCCUAGAGGGAAUCCCUCCACACUGCCUGUUCUGGAGGCAGUAGAGCUUUGAAAAGAACAUGCUAAAAAUAAAAUUUUAUUUUUAUUUUUUUAACUCAAUGUUAAGAAGAUUAUCUAAGUCCUGAAAAAAAAAAAACAGGACUGCGCUUUUAGACAAGUUUCCAUCUAAAAGCACUUCCAGGGUCAUAAGGCAACCAGCUUGGGUGCUGUCACCUUGCAGUAGCUUCUAACACUGGAUGUCUGAUAGCGGUACCCUCAUCUCCCAAACUACUCAAGAAUGACAUUUGGCACUGGUCCUGAAACCACAUGGUCACUCUAGCAAGGUCCCAAAGGACCCUGAUUCUACAUUACAUUUCAAAUGUUACUUGCUUUUUUAUUUCUGUUAUCAUUGAAAUGCAAAAA